UCGUGGCCAACAGCACGUGCUAACCGAGGCGCGCGUGCAGCAAAAAAUCCAAAAAAUACACAACGGCAGCUGUGGUGGCCAGCAACAACAACUACGGCAUCGGGCGGAGAGCAGCCAUUACAAGAACAACACAAGCCACACAUACAACACAGCACACACACACACACACGCUUUGCUAACGCAACAACCAAGGCUUUGGGCUAGGCAAAGAGGAGCGCGGGGAGAGCGGAGAGUAUCUAACUCAAGUGAAAUUCAGGCGGGUGAAGAAGAGGAAGCAGCAGGACAAUACACCAAUGCAGGCUAACUGCCUGAGCGUGUGUGAAAGAGCGCGAGCGAGGGGGAGUGAGUGUUAGAAUGCGACAAUAACCUAACUGUAAGCUGCACCUUGUUAUUUGCACCUAAACUGUUUUUUUUUUGCUACAACAAGUAACCAAAGUUGAUUUGCCAACACAAACGUACGCGCUAAUGCUAUUUACGCAAAUCAAACUGAACAAGGGAGGGAGGAAGAAGCAGAGCAUGCGAAUAAGUAGGCAACACAAGAAUUAGAAGCAGCAGCCGCAGCAAAGCAGCGCAAACAGGAUACUUAAAAUAUAAAGGCAAAUACACACACAGACACACACACACACACACACACGCUUGUGCCCCAAAGGAGGUUCAUAUUUUUGGCCGAGAAAAGAAAGCAACCGCACGAAAUAAAUAUAAAAUAAACCCGACAACGCUGAGGUGUGCGGCCCAAAGGCAAGGCAAGCAAACAGAGCCGCAAAAAGAAAAGCAAGAGCGAAGCAGAAUCGGAAUUGGAAUCGGAAUCAGAAAGAUGCCAAAAUGCUGGACGGAGAUUGAUGCUGGCUGCCGACGAGGAGCAACUACCAGAAUAACAACAACAGCAGCUGCAAUAACAAAAACAAGGCCAAGGAAAACGACAACAACAUCAGCAGUGACAGCCGCCAAGUGUGAGCAGACGAGCGACUGCGAUUGAGAUACAUUGUUUCCGCCAAAUCUCGACGAUUAAGUCAUGAACGCACUCGAUACGAAUAAACAAUUUCUGAGCGUCUCCCAGGACCAUCAGCAUCAGACGACCUCGGUGGCAGACCGGCGGAGUCGCUCCAGAUCGGAGCGUGCCUCGAGCCUGGCCCUGCCGCUCAACUCCCUCCUGGACUUCUACGACAAGCAGCAGGAGCAGUGCAAGUCAGUCACCCUGCUGCCACUGCCCAGCAACUGCAGCCACAUCGGGGACGGGAGCACCAUCUCCGCCAGCAACAGCAUCGUGCGGCGACACUCCUCCCACUACUAUCCCAUGCUCGAGGACAAGCAGACGCCGUCGCAGCUGCCCCAGGCAGCCACCGAAAUGCUUGUAAACAUGACGGAGCAGAAAUAUGGCCAGUCAUCGCACCAGGGGGCGGGCACGGCCAUCGCAGGAGGCAGGCAGUUCCACCAGCUGAUCCAGCAGCAACAGCAGCGGGUGGACACCCCGGUGACGCCCCCACCGCCCAUUCCGCGACGCCUUCUGCGCGGCAAAUCCGCCUGGCAAGCGUCCACGCCCCACCCACUUCCACUUCCUCCCUCGGCUGGCGGACAGGAAGGCGCCCAUGGCACGGGCACUGUGUUUGUUUAUCCGCAGCCAGCAAACGUGACCACAGAGGCAGUGGCUCGAGGAACGGGCGACGGAGGAGGAGUAGCCGGGCUACAAUCAGCGCUGCUUGUUGACAUAGCCACACGUCCUGCGCCCGGAUAUGCGGAUGCCGAUGGGAUUUCCGAUGACGACCGCAUGAGCCUGGAGAACUCCGUGUUUGACGAGUCGCUAACCUCCACGCCCGUCAAGGUCGCCGGCUAUCUGGCCGGACGCUACUCCGGACUGAGCCACAUGGCCAAGCGGGCGCAGCGCUCGUCCAGCAGCACCGUGGACUCGGCCUACGGCUCAUCGCUGGGCGGGCACAGCGAGCGCUUCGCCAGCAGCUCCACCAGCGUGGACUUUCGCAGUCGCUUCUCCUCGGUGGACACGCAGUCCUCCCUGGACGAGAAGCCCCUGUCCAGCUCGAUUGACUCACCUUUGGCCAGGGAUUCCAGGGAUGCGUACCGAGAUGCCAUGCACAAGCUGAACAACAAUAAUACCAGCCUGGGAUUGCCCCUUUAUCCGGCCAGUAAUAAUAACAACGGCAGUAACAGCAGCAUCGGAGGGGGAGGAGGAGCUGAUAGCUCCAAGUUACCAGUGGUACCUGCCCGUAAGCAGCCACCACCCCUGAAGGCCAGUGGCAACAGCAACAACUCGGUGGGUGAGACCCAAUCCCAGAGCUCCUCCUCCAAGGAACCCAGCAGCGUCUCGGCCUCGGCCUCCACUUCGUCCGCUGCCUCGGCAGGAUCCAGCACCAUUUCCAGUGGCACCAUGUCGUCCAUGUCAGGGCCAUGCACAGGGGCUUUGCCGUCUAGCGACUCAACUACCAAACGUCCAGGGCCUCCGGAGCCACCAUUGCGCCAGGCCACUGUCUUCGAUCAGGUGGUGGAUUCGGGCUCACGGGGUCAUCCGCCUCCUCCUUUGACAGUGCGAAAUAAAUUGGGCCGCAACAACAAGCCGCCGCCCAUCACCUAUCCACGGAUGCAGCAGCGCCAGGACUCCACUCUGUCCAGCGAUAGCUAUUCGAUCAGCUCCAGUCCGGGCUACAACUCCAAGCUGAUGGAGGUGCCACUGCUGGGCUCGGGGCGCAAGUCCAAUGCUCCCGGCUCCGCCCAGCGACAGACUCCUCUCAUGGACUUGGCACCAACGCGAUUUUUGGGAGGAUCCACCUCGGCAAGUGGCAAGCAGCCUCCCGCCGUGCCGCCUCCCAGGGGCAGGAUCAACUUCCGGCAGGACUCGACCAUCUCGAGCGACAGCUUCAGCCAGACGUCCAGUCCGGGCUACAAUCCCAAGCUCAUGGAGGCGCCGCUGCUGCCCUCCUUGUCCGCCAAGCGAUUGUGCAGUGCUCCUGCUCCGAUUGUCUGCCGCCAGGGAGUACAGCACGAGCCCAUUGAGGAGCUGGAACCGCCGCAGACGAUCUCGCCGCUCCACAAGACGGCUGGCCAGCCCAGCAGCCUGCAGACCAUCGUGCGCUUCCAGAACGGAGCACCGCACACCAUGUCCUUGCAGCACCAGAUUAUCAACCGGCGCAAGAGCUCCAAUCCGUACAUCACCAACGGCCGCUUGAAGUUCCGCCUCUUCCAGAUCCUGAUCAACGCCUUCGCCCUGCUGGCCAUCGCCGGGGGCCUGGCCGCCUACUUCAAUGCCUAUCCAACGAUCAAGUUCGUCAACAAGACCAUCAUCAAUACGAUCCACGUGGAGGACACUACGAGCUUCGGCAAGAAUCCAGCCCCGGGCACUUGCCUGCCCAUCAUCGUGCGCUUCUGCCAGGGUCCCCAGUUCCCCUACAACUACACCGUGUUCCCCAACUACAUCGGCCACUUUGGGCAGCUGGAGACGCAAACGGACCUGGACUCCUAUGAGGCCCUGGUGGAUGUGAGGUGCUACGAGCUGGUGUCCCUGUUUCUCUGCACGCUUUUUGUGCCCAAGUGCGGGCAGAGCGGCGCCACUGUGCCCCCUUGUAAGACCCUCUGCACGGAGACGAUGCGCCGCUGCGGCUUCUUUUUUGACGUGUUCGGAUUGAGUCUACCGGAGUACCUGAACUGCAAGCUCUUCAAGGACUUUCCCAGUCCCGAGGACUGCGUGGGCGUGGACGAGGUGCGAGAGGUGAUGAAGGCCGCCACGCACCCCAAGUGCGAUGGCUUCCAGUGCGACCAGAACCGCUGCCUGCCGCAGGAGUACGUGUGCGACGGCCACCUGGACUGCAUGGACCAGGCGGACGAGGCCUCGUGCGAACGGUGCGGUCCGGACGAGAUCUACUGCGGGGAUAGCCAGUGCAUCGGUACCAAGCACAUAUGCGACGGGAUCAUCGACUGCCCCUACGGCCAGGAUGAGCGCAAUUGCUUGAGGCUGAGCGAGCGGAACGGCGAUGUGGGCACUGGGGUUCUGGAGGUCUAUCGCAUUGGUCAGCGGCAGUGGAUGCCCGCCUGUGUGAAGAACUGGGAUCGGGCGGUCUCGCCCAGUGCCGUUUGCUCCAUUCUGGGCUACUCCGCGGUGAAUGCCACCAGUGUCCUGACCCAACGUACUCAUCGCCCGCUUCUGGCCUCGGUUAACGUGUCCACCGACAUUUGGAAGAUGUACGCCAAGAGGAAGUCAACCUUGAUGCAGGAGUUCGCCAACUGCAAGAAGUCAGAGGACUAUCCCAUGGCCGAGCUCACGUGCUCCAACUACGAGUGUGGCCGAGUGAAGCGGGGCAGGCACAAGCCUUCGAGGAGGAUCAUAGGAGGAACCCAGGCCAGUCCCGGCAACUGGCCAUUCCUGGCCGCCAUAUUGGGCGGUCCGGAGAAGAUCUUCUACUGCGCUGGGGUUCUUAUAUCGGAUCAAUGGGUGCUCACGGCCUCGCAUUGCGUGGGAAACUAUAGCGUGAUCGACCUGGAGGACUGGACCAUUCAGCUGGGCGUUACGCGUCGCAACUCCUUCACCUACUCGGGUCAGAAGGUCAAGGUCAAGGCUGUCAUCCCCCAUCCGCAGUACAACAUGGCCAUUGCCCACGACAAUGACAUAGCCCUUUUUCAGCUCUCCACACGCGUUGCCUUCCAUGAGCACCUUUUGCCAGUGUGUUUGCCGCCACCGAGCGUGAGGAGUCUGCAUCCUGGCACCCUGUGCACCGUCAUCGGCUGGGGCAAGCGGGAGGACAAGGAUCCCAAGUCCACGUACGAGUUCAUAGUGAACGAGGUGCAGGUGCCCAUCAUCACGCACAACCAGUGCGACGAGUGGCUGGACAACCUGACUGUGUCGGAGGGCAUGGUCUGUGCCGGAUUCGAUGAUGGCGGCAAGGAUGCCUGUCAGGGCGACUCGGGCGGUCCGCUGUUGUGUCCGUAUCCGGGGGAGAAGGACCGCUGGUUUGUGGGCGGCAUCGUGUCCUGGGGCAUUAUGUGCGCCCAUCCCCGUCUGCCCGGCGUCUACGCCAACGUGGUACAGUAUGUGCCCUGGAUCCAGGAGCAGAUCGCGAAGCACACACGCCCCAUCAACGAGGAUCGGGUGAACAAGUACGACCUGCAUCCCGGUGGACCCGACAUCCUGUCCAAAAUAGCCACCGACCCAAUGCACGAGGGUAAGCCCCACCACUUCAGCCACUCCAGGACGUCGUCCAAAAACUAAUCCUGGCCACGAGGAAGGGCCAGAGUCAAGUCACACUGGAACCGAGCAUAUCCACGAAACGAUUGCACAAAGUACUAGACAUAUGAAACAAACGAAACACAGAACCGAUGGAUCCUGCGGGAUGCAUAGAUAUAUUUUGCUACUGAACUUAGGGUAUUAGCCAGCCGGCUAGCACCGAUUUGGGCAACAUAAUCAUGUGUCAAUUUGCCGAAUUUAUUUGUCAAUUUUUUACAAAGAGAUUUUUAUGAACCUAUGUAAAAUCCAAUGAAAUUAAUAACCCAGACAGACGGAACAAUUAGCCCCAGGCGCCAGGCGGGUGAAACUAUAUGUCAAUACAUACGCGAUUUAUAUAUUUACAAGUAAACCAAGAUAAGCGUUACGUACCCGAUAUCUAACCACUCGAUAAAUGUGUCUAAAUACCCCGAAAUCCAGACAAUAAUUCGAUUUUGUAGAUUAACUUUGUGUUUGAAGAGUUCCGGAAAAUGAAACAUGUCUUAUUAUAAGUGAAACCAAAUUACGACAAACGAAGAGAAAUUCAGAAACAAUAUUGUGAAGUAUAGUAGUAGAAUCACAGCUAUUGAGUGUUGACAAUUAAACAGGAAAUAAGCAAAUCAAAUGUAGAAAAUGUGUAACUAUAACUAAACCAAAGAGAAACAAGGAAAAUUUGCUGAUCUUGGGCAUUUGAUGGACGUGGCCCUGAGCUCCUCUCCAAAUAUGCAGUCUUACAACAAAGAGUCUAUCGAGGAAUAGCAAAGUGCAGUUGACAAUAAUGAGAAAUGCACAAUAAGCAAGAAAUUGUAUCUAGCCGUAAGUCAUGAAAAUAAUAUGUAACUAAAAUGCGUGGGUUUCAGCUUUAAAGAACACAAAAAGAAUGGUAUAAUAGCAGACGACGGAAGUCGGAAGGGCAGGCAGAAGGACUAUACUUAUACACAUAGCAUACGAAUCGUACUAUUUACGCGGUGAACUCGGAAGGUAUAGACGCUUCGAUAGUGGUCACGUCAAUGUAACUUAAUAUUUAGAACUAUUUACACGCCAGCGCAACUCGUUUGUCACGCCCCACUUAGACUGGCCGCUUUAGCCGAAGCUCAAGGCAACGCCCCUGAUCGCGACCCCCACCCAUCCGUAACCCCGGUGGCCAUCUGGAGUUCGUGGGCACUACGAUUUAGCAGGGGUACCGCACGGGAAUGAAUAUAAAAUACGCGUAACUAAAGACUCAAAAUUGGUUGUUUCAACACACACACGGUACACGAACACACACACUCUUGAGCUUCGCGAUGUGUACAGCUUUGAUAUUGUUUUCGAGCACCGGAACCGGAAGCCAGAGUGGGUCGGCACUCCGCGGCUCGAUGUUUUAACUUAUCGUUUCUAGCUAAAACCUGUUGAAAUGCUUUAGACAAGAGAUUGCAAACGUAUAACCGAUAACUACUAGCUCUAGUUGGACAUACUAUGCCUAAAUAUAUAUAUAUGCAUGUUUUGUACAAUCAGUUUACAUGUGGAAAGUAUUACUAGUCUUAACGGGGGGUUAAAUGAAGCGCAUAUUACACAAGGCACACGAUGUUUCGGGCGGAACAUGAACACAAACCAAUAUGUAACUGAAAUAUAUACAAGAAAUAUACAUAUAACGGAUACAUAUAUUCUAUAUAUAUAUUGUAGUGGUAGCUAUUAAGCAGAUGUGAUGGUGUCUAAAUUUAUACAUGCAUAUUACCAAGCGGUAGCUGGAAAGCUUAGAUAUACUCGGGACAAAUCUGUGGGCUGUUCUGGACCGAGCACACUACUAUAACGACAGAACACAGCGGACAGAUCCAGGACAAUGCAAACUUAUAAAGAUAUACCCAUAUCACAGAGAUUGUGCUUACUUCGAUAUUGUGUGCUGCAUGAACCUCCACACAUCGGUGGGUUCCCGAGGUCCUCAGAAACACCUCCGCUCUAUACCCUUGUGUUUGAACUCAGGCGAAGUCAGUAAGCCGCUCUUCACCCUUUCAGUUUCCCGGGGUCCACUCCCCCUGUGCAUUUACGAUCUGAUCACUGAUCAUGGCGAGCUAUUUUUAUACACCCCAUGCUCCAGGCUACUAUCAAAACGCUUAGCUUUAUGUACAUUUAGUCUAAAUCGAACGCAACCCAUAUACUAUAUAUAUUGUAGAUGUAAAAUGCUUAGCAUUGGCGAGUGGAGUGAGUGAACUAAUUUACACGUGGCACGGAUAGCAGAAUAGAUAAUUUCUAAGUACAAUACGCAUACAAUCAACACGCAAACUCAGAACCGCACAAGUCCCACAUCUUAGUUGAAUUUCUGCGCUUGAAGGGCAUUCGGCCCCAAAGGAUUCGAUUCAGUUCCGCAUGCUCCAUGUGCUUGGGAGGACACUACAUAUACUCAAGCCCAAAAAAAAAAUAAAAACCUAAGAAAACAAGAAAUUGUAGCGAAAAGUUAUGUGUAAAAUGUAGCAAAAUCUAAAACCAGAAGCUGAUUAACAAACUAGUUGAAUUUACAUGUGUCGCGAAAAUAAAGAAGCAUAGUAUAUGUACUCAAGUAUCAGAAUAUUAUAUUUAAAUGUUUGAAGAUGAUCAUUUGAUGAGAAGCACUUGUUAUUUAUGCACAGACGGAACUUUGUGAAGAAUUUACAAGAACAAACUUUGACAAUAAAAAGACAAACUGAAUUUUUUCCCGUGAGCUGGUCAAGCGCAUCGGAAGCAUUGAGAAUUUAUGAAAAGUUUUACAUUCAGAUUUUGAAGUUUUGACGCGAAUCAGAGAAUAUUGUUGAACAUUUAUUUUGGCAAACAAAGAGAGAGGAACCAUGACAAUAAGGCAGUGUCCUACAAUAACUGGGAGAGUGCAGUAUCCUAAAUGUAACUACAUAAACUACACACAGAACACGUAUAACCAACUAAAUGCUAAAAGCAACAUGUCAUACAAUACAUGAUAUAUACUUACACACAUAUAUUAUAUAAAUGUUGGAAAAUAAAUGUAUAAAACCAUA